AUGGCGAAGAGCGCGGAGUGCACACGAUGUGUUGCUCUAGUUCUCUUGGCACUAAGAAAUGAUUGCUUGGUCCUUCCGAGUGGAAGAGAAGUUAAUAACAAUACAUUGCUAAAGACUCUUGUUUUACCAAGUCUUAGAAUGCUAGAGCAUGAUGCAUCAGAUCUUUCUGCCUUCCUUGGUUUCAUUUAUUCAUCAAGUGAUGGUGUCAUUAAUCUCAGGAACAGACUUUCAGAGGAUUUUUCGGUUUCCAAAUGUUCUACCAUUGCUGAUUUUGCAAGAUCAAUCAAUUAUGGCAUUCCUGGACAUCUACUACAAUUGCUUGAGAAGUUCUUUUCAUGGAGGAAUUGGCCAUUAGUCACACCACAUGGUGAAGCAGCAACAUAUGAGAAAAUGCUUAGAAAAUUCACUAUAGAUGAACAGACGAGGGAAAACAGACACUUAGCUUUAUUAAAAUGUCUAAAGAUUGGAAUUAGUGAAUUACCUCAAGAUUGUGAAAUCCAGGAUGCUAAGUACCAUUUAUUUUCUAGUGGUGAAGUUGUGCUAGAAAUGAUCAAGGUGUUCAUAAAAUUUGUGGAAAAUAUGUCCGUCCGUCUGGAAAAGGUGCGAAUUUCCCAUCCAAGAGGCUACGAUGAUGUUCUGGGGUUUGCACAUUUCCUGACUAGCAAGGGAAUUGCUAUGGAAACCGCAUAUGGCCUGGUUCACUUGUGCCUGGAGAACCAAGUCCAACCUUCGGAGCUCACCCUAGAGGAACUGGCACGGAUCGAUUUCCCUUGUGAGCGUGCUCAUGUCCUGUUGCAUGAUAAGGUGAAUGUUUUUGGCAAAUUCACCAGGCGAGGUCGAGAUGAUUCCAAGGAGAUGAUCAAAUGGUGUUGCAAGCUUCAGAUUAGUCCAAAAACUAUUUUCCAACGUUAUAUUAUUUAUUUUUAAUUAGUUGUGCUUGAUCAUUAGUGUUGAAUAGCCCA